AGAAAGUGAUAGGAAAAGAAUCAUGAUGACAGUAUUGUUUGGAUUUUCAAUUUAUGCAUGCGUCGUCGUUUCACUGUCCUCUGCUACUGUGCUUUGGAAACCCCUCUCCGUCUCCUUCCCGGCCCUUCCCGCCAAAUACGCUGUUGAUGUCGGUAGGUCUGGCUCAUGCGGAGCUCUUUACGUGGCAGAUCCACCGGAGGCUUGUUCUCCGAUUCGCAAUAUUUCGACAUUCGGUGAACCUAAAAAAGUGUGGUUCGCUUUAAUUGUCAGAGGUCAAUGUACAUUCGAGGAGAAGAUCCUAAACGUUCAAGAGGCGGGAUAUCGAGCUGCCAUUGUUUAUGAUGAUAGACCUAAGGCUGAUUUGCUUUACAUGAUGAUGAGACGUGAGGAAGUAAAGGUACAUGCUGUAUUCACCACUAAUCAAGUCGGUAAAUUUUUGAGGGAGCAUGCUGAUGGAAGAAGGGGUGAAUGUUGCAUUAUUAAGCCUUACAAUGGAGGGAUGUGGACGGUGCUGACCAUCCCCAUUUUAUCAAUUUCUGUGGUAGUAGCUUUCUUGAUUUUAGCCUAUUUAACUCCCGGGGGAUCGAUCUAUUGGCGAGGAAGACAGGAGCCUAAUCUUAAAACCAUAGAUUCACAGGUAGUGGAAACUCUUCCUUCUUUUGUGUUUGGUCCUGCUUCUGUGAGUUGCUGCCAUGGUGGAGAAACUUGUGCCAUCUGCCUUGAGGAUUAUGUAGAUGGGGAAGUAAUUAAAGUUCUACCCUGCCAACAUGAAUUUCAUUCAAACUGUGUUGGUUCAUGGCUGACUAAGUGGGGGACGUUCUGCCCAGUGUGCAAGCUUGAUAUGAGAACCCAAACUGCAGGUCCUGAGGUCAAGAUGCGACGAUGGCCAUAUAAUUCACAAACUGAUAUGAUAGUUGCCUACAUUGGCACUGGAGCAGAAGAAGAAGAAAUUGUGACUGUUGAUGUUCGUGCAGCUAAAGAUCUGCUUAACUCUGGCUACGUCUAUCUUGAUGUGAGGUACCUUUCAGACUGUGGAGAGUACAAGAAAGGUCAUCCGGCUGCAGCUAAAAUCUUCAACAUUCCUUACAUCAACACUCCAGAAGGUAGAGUUAAAAAUCCUUAUUUCUUGAAAGAGGUUACAUCCCUUUGCAAGGAGGAAGAUCUUUAUAUUGUGGGCUGUCAAAGUGGAGUCAGAUCUCUUUAUGCAACAGCUGAUCUUCUCAGCGCUGGAUUCAAGCAUGUGAGCAACAUGGGAGGAGGGUACUUGGCCUGGGCGCAGAAUGGGCUUAAGGUGAAGGUGGAAGAUGAAAAACCAGAAGAUCAGAAGCCAAGGGAAGCUGAGCUUUGAUUGAUUCAGGCAAAUUUCUGUAUAUAAUGCAACAUAAUUAAUGGCCAUUCCUCUCUUCAGUAUGAAAAUAUAUGCUGUGAUGAUUUGCUUUA